UCACUAAUCCGUUGUCAGUUAAACUACGACUUUUGCCUACGCAUAACAAUACGCAUUUUCAAUAUUGUUUCAAUUGUAAUUUCAAAUUUGUUUUCUAUUUGUUUGUAAAUACUUCAUCAAUCUUGCAGACUUUACAGACGUAAAUAAAUUGAGAUCUCAAGGGCAAAAGAUAAAGAAAAUCGACAACAAUUUAUCUAUAUUGAAGAUAAGCGUAGUUAAAUUACAUUUUUCCAUUGUAUUACGUGAGUAGCAACGAUGAUCGAAUCAUGGUCGAUGGGACCCGGUACUUUAGAAGUACCAUUAUCGUUGUUUGCAAAAAACAGAAAAAGGCUUACAGAAAAAUUACAGAAUGGACAAGUUGUAGUAUUACAAGGAGGUGAUAGCAUCAGCCAUUAUGACACUGAUAUUGAAUAUGUUUUCCGACAGGAAGCAUAUUUUACUUGGGUGUGUGGUGUUCGUGAGCCCGGCUGCUACUUUGCUUUAGAUGUCAAAACAGGAAAGGCACAUUUGUUUGUGCCACGCCUACCAGAAGAAUAUGAAGUUUGGAUGGGUAAACUACUAUCUCCGUCAGAGUUUAAGAAAAUAUAUGGAGUUGAAGAAGUACAUUACGUAGAUGAGCUUACAGAUGUACUAAAAUCCCUCAAACCUGAUGUUUUACUCACUCUUAGUGGGCCCAAUUCGGACAGUGGCUUAACAGCAAAAGAAGCAGUAUUUGCUGGUAUUGAUGAGUUCAACAUAGACAAUGAAAUACUAUUUCCGAUUAUUGCUGAACUGCGAGUGAUAAAGACCCCGGAGGAGAUUGAGGUUAUGAGAUAUGUCUGCAAAAUAUCAUCUGAUGCACAUAAACAGGUGAUGCUGUUCACGCGGCCCGGGCUCAUUGAGUACCAGUGCGAAUCUGUUUUCCUGGACCACUGCUACCGCGUGGGCGGCUGCCGGCACGUGUCGUACACCUGCAUCUGCGGCUCCGGACACAACGGUGCCACGCUGCACUACGGACACGCCGCCGCCCCCAACGCCAAGAUGGUUCACGACGGUGACAUGUGUUUGUUCGACAUGGGCGGCAACUACGCAGGAUACGCCGCGGACAUCACGUGCUCCUUCCCCGCCAACGGCAAGUUCACUGAUGACCAGAAGUUGAUCUACGAGGCUGUCCUUAAAGCCCGAGACGCAGUCGUGAGGGAAGCAAAGCCUGGAGUUCUGUGGACUGAUAUGCAUUUGACAGCUAAUCGUGCAAUGUUGGAGCAUUUGAAAGAAGGCAACUUGCUGAAAGGUGAUGUGGAGAAGAUGAUUGAGCAUGGAGUAAACGGUAUCCUUCAGCCGCACGGUCUCGGUCACCUGCUGGGCCUGGAUGUGCACGACGUGGGCGGAUACCUACCGCACUGCCCGCCGAGGGGGCAAGGGCCGCUCGCUAGACUGCGGACAGCUCGAGCUUUGAAAGCGGGCAUGAUUCUUACCAUAGAGCCUGGAUGCUACUUCAUAGAUAGACUUCUGGAUGGCGCUCAAAACAACCCGGAACAAUCGCAAUUCUUCAAUUGGGAUAGAGUCAAUCAAUUCAGAGGUUUUGGAGGCGUUCGUAUCGAGGAUGACGUUCUUAUUACAGAAAAUGGAGUUGAAAAUUUAACCUUCGUACCGAGAACUGUCGAGGAAAUUGAAGAUUUUAUGGCAAAUGGUGCAAACUUCAAAUAAAUAAACAAUUAAUCAUAUACAUAACAUAAUCAACAAACAUAUAUGUAUGAAAUUAAUGUACAAAAAUUUGAAGACUGUAUUAUAUGUGUAAAUUUAAAUCCAUAUAAUAUUUAAGUGAAAUAUGAAAUAAUAUAUUAUGUGUAAUAUAUAAUAUUUAAUUUGGAAUAAA